CAUGUGAGCAGUGCAGGAUCUCACAGUGUUCUGUCAAUGGAUCAUGGUGUUGUCAGUAUACAUGUGAGCAGUCCUAUACCCUAUAUUGUUCAUUCUAUUGAUCCUGGUGCAACCAACUUGCUAUAUUUUGCAUUAUUAAUUUUCUGGUACUGUCUGCAUUAUUGUGUGGAAUCCUGUGAGCUUGCACAAUAAUCAUGCUGCUACCUGCCCACAGUCUGUUCAGCUUCCAUCUUGUCAUUGAUCUCUGUGCAGCAGCACUCUCUCUGUACUACAGCGUCAUAAAGUAAUCAUUAAUAUGCCCGAUGUGUCAUCAGAGAAAGUCGUUUCGGCUCAGAGCUGUGAAUAAUACUGAUUACUGCAUGAUGCAUGCGGUCCUGUGCGGACAUGCUGCCAUGCAUACUGGAUUGUUCCUAUUCCGUCGAGUCAUUCUGCUCUCCUUUCUCUAACACGUUUCACAUUGAACAAUGCAGUAACACACAAGGUUAUUUAUUAAACCGUGAAUUGUCUGGAAUUCAAAGUUAGCUUGAGAUAUUACAGCAGAUAACUAUUACUACCAUUGUUUUUAUUAACUGAAAGCAUCGCUGCCUUGAAGAGGUUUUCAUUUCAGCAGGUUUGGCCUAAAAAUUGAAAUUCCCUCUACAUUCUAGGACAUACUUGAAAACAAGAGAAAUCUCAAUGUAUCCAUCCUGGUACAAUAUUGUAUAAAUAAAUACAUUUCGGACAAUUCACACUUUUGCAAACCUCUAGAUCAGUGGUGCUCAAACUCCGCCCCCCCCCAGAUGUUGCUGAACUACAACUCCCAUGAUUCUCUGGCUAUCUAUGUAAUUAAAAGAAUAAUGGGAGUUGUAGUUCAGCAACAUCUGGGGGGCCGGAGUUUGAGGACCCCUGCUCUAGAUUGUAAGCUCUUUUAAACGGGGUUCUCGCCAACCUAUUGUUCCUGUAACAUUGUGUAACCGUCUCAUUUAUUGUGAAAUUUCCUCCUUUUAUUAUAUUGUACAGUGCUGCGGAAUAUGUUGACGCUAUACAAAUUAUUAGUAUUAUUUUUAUAGCGCCAUCAGAUUCCGUAGCGCUGUACAAUGGGUAUAAUGACGAUAAUACUAAUAACCCAGAGACUGCGAACACAACUCCCACAAUGCUUUGCUGUGGUUGGCCAUUAGCUGUGUGUUUUACUGUAAUGAACAGGCUGCUGGUGUUUAAUAAUGGGGGGGUUACCCCUUGGGGUCUCUGGCCCUGCAGGAAGCCUGGGGGCCACGCCCAGCCUGGAGUAGCACACAGGGUGUGUGAGGAAAGACAACUCAGUAGAGGAGGGAGGGAAGGGGGGGGGAGAAGCUGCACAUCGGUUGCCAUAGUGACAGUGACGUCAUAUCACCCUGCAUCUCAUUGGAGGAAACCCCGUGGACCAAGCCGCAGACUACCGUUCAACCUAACCCUCCCUUCUCCCCCUCGAGCCGCUGCCCCGCCCCAAGCUCCCGCGCUCCAUUCUGAUUGGCCGAGCCGGGUGAAGGCGGCCGGAAUUGGCGGGCGUCCCCCCGCGCUGUGAUUGGCCGAGGCUUCUUAACGCCGCCCCCUCGCCAACGCCUGUGGUAGUCGGGUUAGGUUGAAGCGGGAGGGUUCCUUGUGAGCUGCGCCUCAGUCUCCGGGUUUUCUCUUGUCCUUCCUUUUUCCCUUUCCUUCCUCCGCCGGCCAGCGGCUCGCACUGUGAGGAGGAGCGCACGGUGAGUCCCACGGCUUCAUAGUCCAUCCCGCCACACAGCCAGGGGGCCAUGGCCGCCUCCCCCGGGGCUCCGAGCGCUGCCAUGGCCGCCUCCCCAUACAUGGUGGGCCCCCCCGCUGCCGUCACUGCCCGCUGCCUGGCUCCCACACCAGCCUGUCGGAUGGAGCCGCACGGGAACUACAUUUCCCUUGAUGCUUAGCGAGCCUCGCACACCCUAACCCCCGAUCGACAGGCUGGCUGAGCAUCAUGGGAAACGUAGUCCUUCAAAGCUAAGGCUGAGUCGUUAGCAUCCCAGCAAUGCAUGGUGGGAGUUGUAGUUCUCCAUAAGCUGGUGUCUCCCUCUGGCUCGGAGAGGAUGCGUUAGGCAUUUAAUAUUUAUCAUUUUUUUAACUUGUGGUUUAUUGAAUUGUGCAUUGUAUUAUAGAUCUGCAGGAUGUGCUGCCAGAAAGUGGCUCUCUAGGUAUGAAACUACGACUCCCAUGAUCCUUUGCCAUCGUCUUUCCAUGGCUAAGUAUCCUGGGAGUUGUAGUUACCUUUAGGCUGUCCCUGGCCAAGCUCUUAUUUUAGAUUCGCUCAUUGGGUGUGAGGGGGUUGCUGCUGUUACUGCCUUGUUCACUGCCAGUUUUUGUAUGGGUGUAUGUAUGACCAGCUUGUAGAAAUAUUUAGUAUUUUAACAUUUAUUUUCAUUGUCUAUAUUAAUAGAACUUCGACAAAUAAAUCAAUAUAUAUUCAUAUUUAAAAUACCAUUUAGUUUAAAAUUACAGCUGGUAGAUCAUUCUGCAGAUUUGCUGCACUUUAUACCAGCACUGUGUGACCAUCCGUCUGAUAAGCUGCUGCUGUUUAAUUACAUAAUGAGGUGUGUUCCCCAUUAAUCUAUCUGUAUGCAGAUACACUGUAUCAUUUUAUCACAUUCCAGGUAGUAUGGGUGACUGUCCCCAGGGCAACUGCAUGUCACGCCAUUCUUCAAACCACAUCUGUAGCUGAACUGCUAUCAUUGGGCACACAAUGUAAUGUUUCUCAUCUGUGUCUGUCAAAAUGUAGGUCUAACGUGGAGCCUUACCAGGAUAUGAACUGUAUUAAACCUUGACGGCAUCAUUCGGUGUCUGCAUGACACUAGCCAGUUAUAUCUGGCAUUGUGAAAGUGACCUUUCUGUCAUUCCUGGAUACAUAGUCUGAAUUACCCCCUCCAUCUUUUUAAUCCCCUACCAGGUUUUAUUUAAAUAUUCUCAGGCUAUUUUCUUUAUUUUUUGGUGACCAUUAUCUCUCAUGGCUUUGUAUAGUAGCUUACAUCUUGCGUGUUGUACGUGCAUGUAUGUUGUAAUAGUCCAUGAGCUGCAUGGAAGCCUAGUACAAGCAUUUGUGAUCUGCAGUAAAUGGGUUAAAUGCAGCAUGGUGUAGGAUUUUGAGACUUGACUGGUUAUAUGUUGCAGUGCUGGGAAACCAGGCUCCCCUGAGGGGAGGGAGUAGAGGAGGGAGAGGCAGUCAGGGCGGGGGUGAUCCAUGCAGCCUGGAGACAAAAGGCAGGGCAGCCAGAUAUGUUUCUUCUCCUCCCCCAGCUUGAUUUCCGAGGCCCUCCCUUUUCACUGACUCAUCCUUUAACUCCUUAGCUGUUGGUAGGUAGGCAUUACCUUGACAUUUGUCUGAUUAUUCUGUGUUGGGUUUGUUUCAGAUCUUUGUGAGUAUCUCCUAGCUUUUAUGCUGGGUUAUUUUAAUCAGGUGCUCUGUUUCCCUAGACUCCAAUUCUCUGUCAGGAUCACUACAUCCUUUUUAAGAUACCUGUAAUCCAUGACUGGACAUGUUUGCUUAGAAUAAAGUUCCUAUGUCGGCCGUUGCCUACAGUGUAUGUACGUUUUUUGUGUUUAGUCUUUUUACUUGACAUUAUGAGGCAUAGGCAAUUGGUAAUAAAGAAUAGUAAAACGGAUGCUUUCCAAAACUUGCCGAUUAUAAAUGCCUGACAGACUUUUUUUUUUUUGUCUCCCCACAUGGUAACUAUACCAGAUUAAAUUUCACUCCUAUUUUUUCCUCCUUGUACUGGUAACAUUACUCACAAAUGUAUAGGUCGUUUAUCUACAUAACACGUGUUCAGUCUAUGAACUCCCCUGUGGAGGAAUAGCCUACAUAUUGCCCUGUAGAUGGUUAUAUGCAGUGUUAUUAAAUGGUGCAUAAUAUUAAACAAUGCCUUGCAUCAACUGCAGUGACCAUCAAAGGGUAGCUAAAUGUGAGGUUCAGGUAAGUAUAUCUUAAACUGGGUAUUUUUUCUAAAACCCAUAGGUGUUAAAUUAUUCUAUUGGAAGAGUGCCUUGUUGUCCACCGCAAAAAUGGUUUUUUUUGGAUGAGAAAUUAGGCAAAUUAAGCCAUUAUGUUCUAUGUAAAACCGUCAAACUAAGCAGAAGAUGAUGCUCUGACAUAGUAAUCAAAAAUGUUUACCCAAAAUGCAGUUUUUUUUACUAUGGUUUGCCAUCUAUCCUGGUCCUACUGCUUGCAUGGUCUACACUAAAGUAGAAUUUGCUAAAUCUGGCUAUGCUAAGAGCAACUCGCUGUUCUUAGCUAAUGAAUUUGAUUAUAUAUGCAUCAGAAUUUGCACAAAAUGGAUAUUUGCAUGACUUGACAUUAGUCUGACACUCCAGUGACAUUGCUGGGGAUGGAGUUACAUCUCUAGCAGCAAAAGGGCAAAACAUGGUAUGUGCAGUAUUUCAAAGCUGCACAGAGACUCCAGGCACUGUGACUACUUUAAAUGUCUAAAGUGAUCCUGGUCCCUGAAGUAACUUGAUCUGUUUUUAUUAGGUAUUAUUGUACUUUGUGGCCUACCAUGGGUUUGUUUUACAUUUGUAUUGAGGGAGGAAUUCCUAAAAUGCCAUAGAUUUGAAUUGUAUUUUAUUCUGUAAAAUGUUAUAUAUCGUUCUAAAAUUUAUAUUCUAUUUUCUACAGGUAUUGGCUGUCGAUCUGUAUUUAUAUCCAACUAGUUGACCACCUUUUAGCUCUUCUCCCACUUUUUUCUAACUCCAUCUCACACGAAAGCCAUGGCAGACAAGAACGUGCUUAUCCAGAAGGCCAAGCUGGCUGAACAGGCUGAACGCUAUGACGAUAUGGCUGCCAACAUGAAGGCAGUGACAGAAUUUGGUACUGAGCUGUCCAAUGAAGAAAGGAACCUUCUAUCUGUUGCCUACAAGAAUGUGGUUGGUGCAAGGAGGUCGGCCUGGAGAGUAAUUUCCAGUAUUGAGCAGAAGACAGAGGGCUCAGACAAGAAGCUGGAGAUGGUUAAAGAAUACAAAGAAAAAGUAGAGUGCGAGCUCAAGGAUAUCUGCAAGGCUGUUCUGGUAGGUUACUCUAGCCAGCUAUUAAAAUGGCCAAUUGCUUAAAUCUGGCAUUGACAAAUUAAUCUGCUGGUUUUAACAUACUCUAGCUACCUGGCUUUGGCUGUCACCCACAGCCAAAACUCCUGAAUCUGGUCUUCUCCUGCAGGAGAAACUGGAUUGCUCUAUAAAGUAAAGCAGGGCCAUUACGGAUCAGUUCUCACUGGGUAAAAGCAUCAACUAAGUGUGGCCCUCUGUCGCUGGUGGCUUAUUCUGAGACACAAGGCUUCUCCUGCAGGAGACUAUUGUCCCUGGCGGGACCCAGUUGCGUUAUCAAACCUGUACAAAAGUUUGUUCUGUUAAUGUGAGAGUGCUAGGACACUCCUGCUGCUGUAACAUUAUAGCCGGAUGUAAUUUUAUGUCUUUAAUGGUAGAACUGGUCAAUUUCUGGCUGAUUCUAUUUAAGAGAUCAAAAGGCAGACUUUAGACUCUUGCAUUAGAAGUCAUACCUUUUCAGAAUCCAGUUGCUGAUAUCCUUGUGUGUCAGUUAGAAUGGCUGACAAAUACUUCUCAAAGUUCAGCCUUCCUUUAAUGUCUGCAAUAAGGUUUGUUGGGUGGCCAGCAGUACAUUGACAAAAGCCUUUACCAAUAGUGGCAAGGAUGGCAAACUAACACUGAACACAAACUCUGUGGUUCUUGUCUUUUACUGCAUUUGUAAGAAUCCUGACUUCCAAUGUGACAUGGGUUCUACUUGAUUAGAAAGACCUUUCCAUGCCAGACAUACUUUGUCACUUUGUGGAAAAAAGCUAUAUGUAGAUAGUAUAUAACCUCUCAGCCUUUAGUAUGGCUAUCUGUCGUGUAGAUUGGAACUGCGUAUCCCAGAAACACCUGUUUAAUGGUUGUGUAUGGGAUAAGAUCACUCCAGUGAUAUUCCUUAAUGGAAUCCUUCGUAGUCCAGGAAGGACUUGUCUGAAGCUUGUGUUGGCUUCUCAACCUGUGAAACAUUGGGAUCAUUGCAGAAGGAUGUUUGUGUCCCUUAUAACAAUCCUCCAUGUACAGACAUUCCAGGAUUGGUUACCCAGUUUUGUCCUUGUGGGAAUGACCGACCUGAACACUGAUGUGCUGUGCAGACUGGGCUCAGAACCACUUAUCUAUUCUGCAGAUCAACAGAAUGGGCAAUUUUGACUUUCCAUUUAGUAAAUCUGCUCUAUAGGAAUUAUUUUUGUUCUUCUUUCUAACUCUUAAACUGUUGUAUUUUUGUUUUUCCCUCUGGUUUCAAUGUCUGGUGUUAUAUCAUGGGUAUCUAAUUCACUCAGGCAGGUGUAGUUGAUACAGUUGCAUGGCAACAUUCACAUACCAGAAACAUUCCUCUAGUGUAAAGUUUCCCAAUUGGUGUUCCGCGAGAACAAAAUUGGGGUUCUGCCGUGAAUUGCCACAUUCAAGAUGGCUGCCGCUCCCUGCUGUUCCCGGAAGGUCUGAAACAGAUCGCGCGACCGCGAUCUUAUUAAGAUUGCAAGGCUGUUAUGCCCGCGCUGUCAUCCACUCAGUGAGUGGAAGCACUCAGGCAGACACUCGGCUCACAAUAUUGUCCAUAGGAGAGUAUUUCUUCUUACAUUAUUUUUCAGUGCAGUGUUAAUCAUAGAAGCUGAUUUAAACAGAAAAGUAGGAAAGUGUCAGAAAUACUGCACUUUUUUGUAAAAGAAAGUAAAUCUGGUAUAUAUAACACGUAAAAUGGUAUGGAAAGUGAGAGGAUUUAUUUUGCUGCAUUUAUUGAUAACUGUUCUUUAGAGCAGUGCCCAUUGUGGCAUAUCGGGAUAGGUUUAUUUUAAUUUUUUUUUGUAGAUGCUAAGUUUGCAGCUAUAAAUUAGAGUUGGGCUUACAUAAAGUGAUUUGUAAGCGCUUUAUAAGAAACGGCAUCCAUUGCGAUGUUGGUAUACUAUGUCAAAGGGUUCCACGGGAAAAAUUAAUUGGGAACCAUUGCUCUAGUGUCAUCUUUGCGAAAAUAAAGAUACUCUUACAAAUUAACCUAUUGCUGUACUGCUAAGCUGAUGCUUAUGACUCAUCGUAAAGGCAAAUUAUAUUUUUAAGCUCCUUGACAUAGCCACAGAACUGUCUUCUGUAGUUAUAGUAAACCUUUGCUUAGCAUGUACUUGUUUUUUGUUGUGCAUUGAAAUGGUAAAGGUUUGCUUCUCCAUUGGAAAUAUUCUAUUGCGUUGAGCACCCAGUUUGGCUUUCUAAUAGUCACUAGGGGUGUUGGGAUUGAAAAAAAAAUAAAAAUGGUGCGGUUUCUAAAACUGCAGUUUUCAAUGAAAGGAUGUAGGAUCCAUGCACCAAAAUCAAGAUGAAAUAAUUUGUGCUCACUGUCCCUUUUUAAACGUGCAGUUUAAUUGUAAAUGGGUCUCACCAAGUAAGAAAUGGCCCCAUAAAAAAGCAUAGCACCAAAGGGUCCAUGCCUCAUAGCUGUUAAAAUACACUGUAGCUGUUAUAGUUCUGUCUCUUUCAACAUUAUGAUAGAUUCCCUGUCCAUUGUAACCAGUGUCUGCAAAAUGGCUACGUUUUACAGCUUUUUAGCAUUCUGAAAUACUUCCCAAGCAGAGUGAGUCUAAGGCUCCCUUUUCUAAUGUAUGUGAAUAGGUGGGGUUUUUAAUUUAGCAUUAUACUGUAGUCAAUUAUUAGAAGACGUGCAUUAUUGUAUGCACUUGAACUUAAAGCAGAGUAACUCAUGAAAGAUUGUUACAGUAUAUGGUUACUCCCAUAAAGGUAUUGCAAGAUACUGCUGCAAUAAAUACAGCUUGCAUCUGCAUUAUUUGGCUAAUGUUGCUUUUACAGAGCUCUGUAUAGAAAUAUUGAUUUAGAUACUCCUCAUUCCUUGAUAAACCGCUCAAGCCUGCAUUACAUGUCUGUUCCCUGUGGGUUAAAUUCCUGGGUCUAGCAGCCGUGGAAAUUAAGUGUCCUCACGUGCUAUGCUGCAAAAGCACAAUCCUCUCUUCGGUACUUUGUUCACUGAAAGUGGCAAUAGUGAGGGCUCCUGGUCAGAUGCAGCUACAGCUUUUCAAUGAAACCUCUUAUGGAAUUUUAAAACUACAAGAACUGAAGUAAAUCAUAAUUGGCUUUACUAAUUAUGCAUAAAACAAACAUUUGACUUCACUUGGAUUCCAAAAACUAAGCAGUUUUCAGUGUCAAAAGAUACAUUUGCACUAAAUGUUAACGUUUUUAUUACAUUUUAAGAACCAGAAGUCUGCCAUUGAGUGCUUUUUUUUUUUCAGUCAACUAGAUUUCAUUAUACUCCAAAAAUUCUGUAAUGCUCUGUAGCUACUUUUGCCCAUGUGGUGGUUUUCAUUGUAGUAGGGAAAUUUGAUUGGCAUUUGUAGUGUAGUACUUCUAGGGAGCUUUCGGUUUUCAGCAUAUAACGGACUUGUUUCAAUUUUUUUUUGUCCAAUCCUUAAGACCGUUAAAAUGAUAAUAUAGCUUUUUAAAAUAAGCACUUUUAUUCUUUGUCUGCUUAUCUUCUCCUCUUCCCUGCAAUAUUUGUGCUGUACUUUGCUGCAUUGUGCAGGAGUGGCGCCAUACAGACUUGCUGGAUCAAUAGUCAUUGGAGCUGCAUAAAUCCUGUCUCUACUGCAGUAGCAAACAUGCUGCAGAUAUACAAAGUCUUCAGACACUGCAAACGUCUGGCAUGUGCUAAAACACCAGUCUCUUUUUUUUAAGCUGCUCUUGCUGAUUCUUCUUCCAUCAGCAACCAGGAUAUUAUAGUGGAGAUUAGCAUCAACAUUGCUUGGGUUAGGAUUUCAUAGCAAAGGUAUUAAUAUCUAACAAGCCCUUUUAAUAAACUGCAUCAUGUUAAUAUUUAAACCUACAUAAGUGGCCCAGGCCACAGAUGUGGCAACAUAUUUCAUGGUUUUAUUAGCCUGAAAUUAUGUUCUAAAUUAGUGCUUCUCCCACUGACUUAUGCUGGAGGGGAUGCGCGCUAAGGGGACAUACCCACAAAUGAUUUUGGAAGGCUAUUAAAGACCUAUUGACCCAGGUGUUUUCCAGAGCUCCAGACCUAGACUCUUGAUGGAUGGUCCAGAAGAGAACAAACACUGAUACACAAAAUUAAAUUAGCCGCACAAAGGGCAAUAGCAUACACUUGGCUAAAACAAGAGUUACCACACAUAGCAAGCGUGAGGAUCCCUAUUUGCCCCACUAUCACUUUUUUUUUUUUUUAUGCCCUCUCCUAUAGGGACCAAUUCAGGGACUCUGCAAGCAUAUUUUGAAUUGUUAUAAUAUACAAAUGCUCCAUGAGAACUUGUGAAGAUAUAUACUACUUUGAAGACCAAUGUCUUGGCUCACAAUGAUACUGCAAACCUUGUAAAGAUACUUUGACAUACUUUGUGUCUAGUAUGUUUCUGUUAAAAUGUGUAAUUGUAACAUCAAUGCACAAAUAUUGUCAUGGCAUGAAAUAUAUUUUGAGUUAGAGCUCCUUAUGCUUAUGCUUCUGCACAAUGAAAAUGUUUUAAAGUGUUUUUCUACUGGUGUACCUAAAGCCAUCUUUCUAAGAGUACCACACAUAAUGACUUUAGGGAUGUAAUAAGUUGGAAUGCUUCAAUUAAAGCGCCUGUCAAUCCAAACUCUCCAUUCUCCAGUUUCCUACUUUCUUCCUCUCUCCAAAUGUUUUCUUCCUGAUACUCUUUAUAAAAUGUGCAAAAUAACUGCACCAAAACAAUAGCUGCAAAGUAAGGGCUGCUUUCUCAUGUUUUUCCUACUUUUGAAAAAGGGUAGAGCUUAACAGGGGUAGGCAACCUUUUAGCAGCACUGUGCCGAAAUAGGAUUGUGAUGUACCGUGUGGGUCCAAUUUUUUUUUGUGUUGGUUGCCAUAUUCUGCUUGUUAUUUAUACUGUAGUUUAUUUUGUAUUGUAUAUGUUCAUGAGUAGUUUGUGGUAUCUUGUAUGGGGGCUACUUGUGGAAGUGUGGGUGUGGAGAUGGAUAUGUCAGUGUUUGGUGUGUGGGGCUGUUUGGGGUAUUUUAUGUGAGGCUGCAUGUGGGGUUGUGUGCAUAUGUGGAUUGUCAGUGAUGAGUUUGUGCGGAUUAUUUGUGUGGGCUGUUCCCAUUUGUAUGAGGGGAGUUAUUAGGCAGCAGUGUGCGUGGCUUCCAGUGGGGACCAGGCUGGCCAGGUACAUGUCAAGGACAGGAGCUGCAACAGCAGUUGUGAGCUGCUCUAUUCCAGUGUGGAUUCAUAUUCACAAGUGCUGGAAUUAAGUGAUCUGAGAUUACUUCCUCGAUGUGCUGAAAUGCAUAAAUUGAGGAUUUCCCAUCACCACCUUUAUAUAUUAGCAGAUAUCGGAAGUAUCACUGGGACUCCUUAUAGGCCAGAGCCUAUUUGGCUCUAGCAGCCUUGAGUGCCAUGCAAAGGCACCUUAAGACCUGUGCAUGGCACACGUGCCAUAGGUUGCCUACCCCUGACUUUAGGCAAGCUCCACUUCCUUUGUCAAGUCCUAUUUUCACUACAAUACACACCUGCCAGUCAUGUCCAUCCUCUCUAAUCUUACAAUGAUCUUUCUGUCCCCAGGGGGUUGCAAGUAAGGAAACGAUAUGCAUGUUGCUGUUAUAAGCUUCUCACUGCCAGGACCCCUAAUGCUGCAGCAGCUUGGAUGAAAUGCGGCACUGAUAAUAAAGCAAAAAAAUAGUAAAUAUGCAAAAUGCAUUAAGGACUCUAGGUAGGACAUUUUAUUAAAAAAUAGGAUUGCUCUGACAGAGCUGCGUUAAAGUGCCACUCCAACCCUUUUGGAGGAGGAUUUUUCUGGUGUAAAAUGCCCUAUUGGGUGCUAUAGAGUGCCCAAUUUGAAGGUUUUAUUUACCUGGAAUCCAGCGAUGACUUCUGGGCCCUCUCCAGUCAGUGGGGUCUAGCACAGCUUGUGACUGUCUUCUCAUAGUGGAGAAACUUGUGAUUGGUCAACAGAGGGAGCACACAGUAGGAGGGAGGGGGAAGCAAUCUUUCCCUUCCUGGUGCUAUGCCUGCAAGGGAGAAGAUUUAAAUUUCUAUCAGCGUGCUAAACAUAAAUGCAAUAUAUGCAGAGAACUGACAUGAGCAGUCCUUAUGGACGUCAAACAUCCCAUGACAGUUUAUUCUGUUUUGGCGCAAGAGCCUCUAGUGGCUGUCAGUGUAACAAGAUAAGUGUGCUUAACCCUUUAAGGUAAACAUUGCUGUUUCUACAAAAGGCAAAAUCUUACAAUAAGUCUAAAACUAUAGAGCCACUGCACAAAGAUCACUUUAAUGAGAUGACAUGUGGAUUUGCAGUCUCUAUGAGGAAAGUUCAGUGUCUGCAUGCAGAGGGAGGAGAUACUGAAUCACAGGAUGCUGUGCACAGUGCUGCCCUGUGCUCUGCUGACAGCAGAUCUGAGUGGAUGGAGGCAUAUUAUGCCUCUAUCAACUCGGAAGUCCCUCAGGUUCACUCUGAGUGACUGCAACUGGAGGUGUUCCUUGCUUUCAAUGUACACUGUAUUUUUUCGGAAAAUAGUGUUUACAUGAGAGGCUGCAGGGAGCUAUAGUUCUCACCUGAACAACCUCAUUAAGCUGAUGUUGUUCAGGUGACUAGUGUCCCUUUUAAAUAUUUAAGUUCUUUCCCUUUUCCUCCAGCUCAUGAGAUAUUCCAGUUAAUUUCCAGUGCUUUUGAAGUCUGGGAUGAGACCACAGAAAAUACCUCUUUAUCCUAGUCUAUGGGGUCUGAGCUUAUAUAAAAUUGUCCUGAAGGGAUUUAUUGGAUAUUUUUGCUCAAUCCUCUGUAAUAGUUCCACUGAUCAGAUACUAUUUGGUUUUUUUUGUGAAGGAAGAUGUACCAUGUGAUUGUUCUAAUGACUGAAUGCACUAAUUUGUGGAUUGAGCUUUCAGUGCUGACCAAGGAAGUGGGGACCUGCAUGGUGUAUAUGUGGAAAGAGUUGCAUGGACAUAAGGAGAUUGUAUAGGUUUCUUCUGAAACAGUUCAUUAACCCCUUAAGGACACAUGACGGAAAUAUUCCAUCAUGAUUCCCUUUUAUUCCAGAAGUUGUCAUUAAGGGGUUAAAGCAACACUCUAGGAUCAGGGGCACAAAUGUGUAUUCCUGACCCUAUAAUAUUAAAAACACUAGCCCCCACUUUGCUCCCUAAAUAUCGUAAAAUCUUACCUUUGUUCCUUUGCUGACAUAAGAAGUGACUGUCUUGGCCAUAGGAAAGCAUUGAAUUGGCUGUGAUUGCCAAGGAGGUGUACCGGGGCGGAGUCAAAUGCCACCUGGCCAAUCAGCAUCUCAUUAGAUGCGUUGAAUCUGAGGAAAGUUUAGGGUCUCCAUGCAGAGGGUGGAGACACUCAGUGCAGCACUGCCUCAGGAAGCACCUCAUCUGUAAUAUAAAUACUGCCUUUUCCCUGAAAAGACAGUGUUUAACUGCAAGAAGCCUGAAGGGACGGUCUAUACUCAUUAGAUGUAGCUGUCCUGUUGAAUAUAGUGUACCUUUAAGACUCCUAGCUUCUGGAAGCUGUAACUGGAUUGUCCAUGUCACCUAGACAGACUCCUAAGUAAAGGGUUUUGUCAAAUCCUGUAAUACAAAUUUUUUUAAAUGAGCACAUAGUGCAUCACCCUUCAUGUCUCUUCUCUUCAAGCAGAUGUCAAGCCUAUUUUUGUUGAAGGUCUUUGAUUCAAAAGUUCCACAAAUGACUUUAUCAUUAGUGCUGCUUUGAAUAGCAAAUAUCGGUCUGUUGGAGAUGGUGACUGCCUGGUUAACCCAAAAUAACUUUUUUCAUGUCUUGUAAUGGUUAAUGGCUGAGUGCCAGGGCACUCAUGACACCAUAACCACUUCAGAUCUCUUUAGUGUUUUAAUGCCUGGAGUGUUCAUUCAACGUUCCCAGAAUUUACACUUUUGGUACAUUUUACUCCUAAAUCGGUAACCCACUUUAAACACUGAUCAUUUUAAUUAAAGCAAAUUAUUAAAGCUUAAAUUCAAUGUACUCAAUGUAACCUGCAACUGUGUACUUUGUGAGGAAGCUUGCAAGUUUCACUGCAAUACACUCUGCAAUUAUAUGCUGGGGACCCCAUUGCACUAUAUGCAAGGAGUGGGGUGCUUGUAAUGACCAUGUACAGUACAGGAAUAUGUGCCCUAUAGUCUAGCAGUAUUAAUCAUGGGCAUUUAGAGCUCAGUCUAGUAAUCUGAUACUGGAGAAACUGCAUGGUGAAAGACUAUUGCGUUUUAGUGUCUUCAGUUUAAAACUCUCAAACCAGACCUGUCCUUUCAAAGUGUUUUGUAAUUUACCACAACAUUAUGGCUAAAUACCAGUCGGGUUAAAAGCAACACUAGUUUUUGGGAAAUUACAUUAUUAAAUAUUUUUAUUUUUUUGAAAACUGCCUAAAUAUAUUUAGGCUUCUGGGUGGAGUGGGGAGUUUGUUUUUUAUGCAAUUGUAAUUUCUUAACUUUUAAAUGUAUUCAGAAUGUAGUAAUUGUCACCACAACCCAGUUCAGUCCAGGCACAGCGUGGCCACACAUUGUAGUCAGCAUGAUAACCAUAGCUGGCUGGAAACUGGAGUAACACAAUGUUUUUCUACUUUUUGCCUUAUAUUCACACCUCAAAAAAAGUUGUGCAGGUUAAUCAAACUUUGAAAAUCCUGUGAGACCAUUGCCCUUUAAUAAUGCAGGGCUGCAGAUGCCAAUUGUGCUGCUCGUGUUAUGCUGGCGAGCGUCAGCUGAGGAUUCUCAGACCAAAAUAUGUGCAGUGGACGUUAGCCAGCUUGGAACUCUUGUCAAAACAAGUAGAUGCACAUCCAGCAGCAAUAUAAAAUCUCAGUACAUGCAGAAUUUCAAACUGAAAUGCUUCUAACACUGAUGCAGUAACACUUUUCUUUUUAUUCAUCACAAAUAGAUUUUGCAAAAAUAUAAGGAUAAGUAAACAUAGAAGUUCUGGGAAAUGAGUUCCUCCUUUAAGUGCGCUCCCUGGAAAGUUUGACUGUUUCUAACCCAUAGUCUCCAUUCUGUAGCUCACAAUGAGCCAUUCAGAGACACAAAUGUUAAUCUCAGAUUAACUGUUUACUGUUUCAAGUGAACUCUUCCAGGCUAUCUGCAGGAACUAGCAUAUAAAAUCAUUAAAUUCUGACUCAAACUUGUAGCACUUUAGAUAGUUACAGACAAUGCCUAAUCUUUUAAGGAGUCAGCUAGCUAAUAUUGAGAACUUUUCCUUGGCUGAAUAUUUAGAUUAAUUAAAUUCCUCAGAAUAAGGCUUAUUCUGCUUCUUCUGAAUGGUUGUGGCCAGGACAUUCACCCAAAGCUUUCUAUUGUGAUUGUUCUGAUCCUACUUCAAUAUAGUAUUGAGUCCUCGAUCCAUGGAUCCCAGGCUGUUGAACAGUUAGCUGUAAUUUUUAGUAGCAAUGAAAGUUGCAUGCAACUCUUACAAAAAGGCUUUACCACAGUCUAAAUUUAUUGAAAAUAAUCAAAAGUUAGAAAUGUAUUGUGCCUUUUUGGUGGAUUUGCGAUUCUUGCAAAUUAAUACUCUACCUCUGCAUUAUUUUCUCCACCUGUGUGGUUAAUUUCCGAACAUUUAAUUACAUAGAGUGGGACUACUUCUCAAGCAUAUUGUAUAUUCCUCAUCUCAUUGCUAGGGAUGCCAUAAUGCAAACUGUAUCUUUAAUUGGUUUCAGAAAUAUAUAUUCCACACUUGGGUUUUCUUUUGAACGUGCAGUGCAUAACCAUAAACUAGUUAAUCUUAAGUUAUUUGUGUAGCUUGUUUUGCUUAUCAAUUGUUAAGAUCUCUGCAUGUUUACUUUAACUUGGUCAUUUUAAUGUAACAUUUUUAAAAAAAACUUUUUAGGAAUUGCUUGAUGGGUUUUUAAUACGCACAUCCAGCCAGGCAGAGAGCAAAGUUUUUUACCUGAAAAUGAAAGGAGACUACUACCGGUACCUUGCUGAGGUGGCAACUGGAGAUGACAGAACAAGUAAGUAUUUAACAUGGUCUUUAAUAUGUUGGUGAUCCACUCCAGUACAUGGCAAAGGAAUAUUGGUAGACCCUGUUAGAACUGAUGAAUGCAUCAGUAUAGUGAGCUGUUGCUUUCAAAGGAGCCUACAGACACAUGAGGAGGCAAUCUAAAUGGUAUUCUGGUCUGUUUGUAUGCAUAGAUCUUGUGGAAACUACUUCAAACACUAGGUUUGUAAGACUGUAAAUUUGCUUAAAGGAACACUUCAGUGAGUCAUGCGGCUGUGCACAAUGGGGGGCCUGUAACCUUCUUGCUCUGCUCCCUCGUGCACCUUGCAGUGAUGCUAGGGUAUGUCACUCCAACCCAGCAUCACUAAAUAGCACGUGAGGGAGCAGCUCAAGAACGUCUUGAAGUUUAUGGAAUUAUAGCAACUCCACUUGACCCCAGGGUAAGGAUCCACUCCAGCUCCCACAAAGGUAGAGGCUGGGUGAACUUUAAAAUAAAACAAUUUGUCAGUGUCGGCGUAUUGGUGUUUUAAGUAAAAAAAAUAAGACCUAUUCAAGGCCAUGAGAUGUUUUGUGGUUUUAUUUUUUAUCCCCCUACGCCAGUCUCACUACAGCUGGUCAUGCCUCCAUAGCGGAGAUGAUCAGCCAAUCCAAUGCUUCCCCAUUGGGAGGCUAUUGUACAUGCAGCAUCUUCUCAUAGAGAUACAUUGAAUCAGUGCAACUAUAUUGUAAACGUUCAGCAUAUCCAUGCAGAGUGGAGAAUCUGAGCGUAGAUGCUGUACACUGUGCAGCCCUGGACUGGUAAAAGCCUUAAGUGGUAGGUGUUACUAGUCAGAAAUGUCAACACUGCCUCUUCUAUGAAAAGGCUGUUUACGUUGAAAAGCCUUCUUGGACAGGCUACAGACACCUACAGAAACACUACAUUUAAAUGGUAAUGGUUCUAGUGACUAAAGUAUGGAAGUGUCGUUUGCAAUUUUCCCCAUCUUUCAGGUUUCCAAAGUUUCACAGCUCACUGUUUCUUCCCACAAGGUCUUGCCUCCUUUGUGAUUAACAGAUGCUUUCCACUUAUCACUUCUCCCCAGCUGUAAUUAGCCAUAUACCAUCACAACCUAGCUAGUUGUAAACUACUUUUUAGUAGUGUGGUGCAGGGACAAUUCUCCCCCCCCCCCCCCCCCCCUCCAACCAUUGUUCAUUUUAAGGUCAAUAGGUUAGUUAGGUAUAGGUAUGUAUAGGUAUAGGUAUGUGAAUAUUGUCAAACAUUUGUAAAACUCAUAGCUGAUCACUUCGUUCUGUAGUAACAUUUUCUAAUUUUCCAUAGCCGCAAUAAAGAAUUCCCAAGAUGCCUACCAGGAGGCAUUUGACAUCAGCAAGAAGGACAUGCAACCAACACAUCCAAUUCGCCUGGGCCUGGCUCUGAAUUUCUCUGUAUUCUACUAUGAGAUCCUUAAUAGCCCAGAAAAAGCAUGUCAGCUGGCCAAAGCCGUGAGUAAAAGUAGCAGUUUAUAAGGAAACAUCAAAAAAAGCAAAAUGGCACAAAGCUUGUUUAUAAAACAUUGGUUUUCUUGUGGAAAGCACAUGCCUGUCUUUCACCACAAUACAUCAUUUUGUAUUCCUACCAAACACAGAAACCAGUCUGCCAUGUUUAGUUUGAGAUCCUUAAUACAACUAAUGGUUAAUUUUAAACUUUUUGCUGAGUAACUUGGUUUUUCAGGAAUAUACAAAGCAAACUUGUCCAUUUUCAUUGAGACUUUAAUUUUAAGGUAAUAUAUUCUUUUUAUGCAGGCAUUUGAUGAUGCUAUUGCAGAGCUUGAUACCCUUAAUGAAGAAUCUUACAAAGACAGUACGCUCAUCAUGCAGUUGCUUAGAGACAACCUAACAGUAAGUAUUUGCUUUAAGUUGAUAGGGUUGCUCACAAGGCACAGAUUACAUUAUGUAACACUGAAACAGGGAAUGAAAUGUCCUCAGAAUAGACAAUAAAACAGUACUGGGGAUGAGAAUGGGCUUUUACACGUUAACGUUAUUUACCAAAUAGUCAAAGGAACACUCCUAGCUCCAGCACUACGUACUACCAUUCUAAACUGGUUUGACUACUUACAGUGGGAUGGGGGAUGGUCCCAGGGCACUUCUGGCACCAUAACCACUAGUGGUUAUGGUACUUGGAUGUUCUAAUUGUCUUUACUUCAAAAUUCUAUUGUGAUUUCCUGGCAUCUCAUAGAAUUUAUCGUGAAAACUGCUCAUCACUCAAAGAUCUCUUAAUGAUAUGCUUGCAAUGUUGGUAAAAAUGAAUUUUUUGUUAAUGUGCUUUGAUAGCAUGUCUUCCAAAGGCAUAGAUUAAAUUUAAUCUUCAACCAGUGCAACGAUGUUAACCAAAUACAUAGUUUUGUAUAGAAGCCUGUUUCAGGUUAAGAAUUGUCCCAUAUCACUGUAGUCAAUGGGAGAUGUCAACUCAAAUUGAUCAAAUAAAUUGGAUAUAUUACAAAGGAUAUUGUGGUUAAAUGAGGCAAAAUUUCUCAAACAUAAUUUGGCUAGAUCACACCUUAACACUUCGGCAAGGUUGCUGUAAACAGGGAAUUGUGCUGUAUUAAAAUUUAAAUGGAACACAUGGAAUUGUAUAUUUAAUCACUUUUCUUUGUAGUUAUGGACAUCUGAUACUGCAGGAGAAGAGAAUGAUGCUGUAGAGCAAUGCGAAAACAACUAA